UCUGAAGAAUACAAAUCAGUCUUUAUUCUUCUUCGUAACGUUUCGUUCGCUUUUAAAACGUUUCUUUCAAACUAUGUGCUUUAGCUGAAGUGGUUUUAUUAAACAAAGAUGGAUUUUCGGUUAAUUUUCGUCGCUUUUGUUGUUUUGAGCGGAGUUAGCGCCAGACCAGUGUCAAACGAAGAUAUUCGAGAUGCAAUUUUAUCAAUCGUUAAUAUGAUACGAGCAACGGAGGAUAAAUUGGAGCGCCACGAAUACCGCGAGCGCAUCUUGGGCGAUCAAGUCAAAAAAAGCUUUAUUUCGUUGGAGAAGAGAAUUCGCGGGUUGGAUCAAGGCGUUUUAAGCCGGUUAGAUGAAAGAGUUGCAACUUUAGAGAGUGUUUGGAUCCAAAAGGAUGAAAAGGAAAGGAUUCAGUUGCAAAAAACGUUCGAUGCCGUUGAGGAUAUCCAAAAAAAUUUGCCCAAUAUUGUUGAGAAAUUAAAAACUGAUAUUAUAGCCGAGAUUCGGAACAAACCUGAGCCCAUUAACGUGGAUAACACACCAAAAUUCGAUGAGAUAAAGGAUGUUAUUUCAGGAAAAAUCGAUGCGUUUAGCGUUAAAAUGAAAGAUGUUGGGGAUGCUAUUAAUAAAAUUAAAUUGGAGAUGAACGACGUUAAAAUAAAUCAUAGCAAAGUUAAUGAGCUACAUCAACAAUCAAAUCAGAAUUUAGAUAACGUCGAAAAACAUCUAAAAAAGAACGAAAACGUUCUUGAAAAAUUCGAGAAUAAAUUGGCCGAAUACAACAAUCGCGUCGAUGUUUUUCCCCAAAUUCAAGCCCAAAACGAUUAUAGCCGAAACAUAAUUCAAGCCUUGGAGUCCCAAAAAACAAACGUACAAGAAAUUUUAAGCGAAGUAAAAACAUUAACGACAAAAAUAAAUAAAAUUCCCGAUAAAACCGAUUUAGAAAAUCAUCAAAAUUCCUCAAUAAAUCACCUAAAUCAUCUAAAACAUGACUUAAUAAAUAAUUUAAAUCAAUCAGACGAUGAAACAACAAAAAAAAUUGAUUCGAUUCAAUCAAAAUUGAGCGAAAAUCACUUAAUUAAUGAAAACUCGUUUAAAGAAGUCUCAAAUAUGAUAUUAUCGUUGACGGAGAACGUAGCGACGAGUUAUAACCAAUUAAAAACGGAAGUACAUAGUUUAAAUAAAUUGGAGCAAGUUAUGGUGCAAACGGCGGAUGGGGUUAUGGAUACAAAACGGCGCGUUGAAUACGGGGUGCAUCAAAUAUUAUUGGAAGUCGGCGACUUGGUGAAAGCGCAAUCGAAAAUUGUUAAUAACACGAUGAACGAGAUUUUCAGCCGAUUCGAAUUGUCCGUUUUGGAUGAGGAAACCGGCGCGUUGGCGAAUUUGACCACGAAAAUCGGGGAUGAGAUAGCGCAAGUUUGGCGGCAAAUUGGGAUUAUGCACCAGCAGAUGAGUGCGAGUUCUGAUACUUUGAAUAAGUUGCAGAAUCAGACUGAUUUUUAUGUUAAUGGGUCGCUUAAUGUUAUGGAUAAUAUGAAAGGAAAAGUUGGUAAAAUAACUGAUCGCAUAACAGAAUUAGACGGGAACUUAAAUUAUUUAUUGGGACGAUUAUCGUUGGUUACCCAAGAUUUUAGUAUGGUCAAGAAAGGUUUGGGACAAGCUUUGAGCGAAAUUAGGGCUUCAUUUCAAGAGGUGCAAGAAAAAGUGAAAGAUAACGGGCCGGGGCCGCACAAAAUACAAAACGAAAGUGAAGAAAAUCAACCUGUUAUUUAAAGAAUAACCUAAAAAUUACUAUUAUAGUAACUCAUUUAUUAUUAUUAACAUUUUUUU